AAUGCCGGGAGUUGUCACUCGACCUCAGUCACUAAUGGGGAACGAAGACUGGAACGAGAUUGCCCCAGUCACACUCGAUAUCGACUGAAUUUUCAAAAUGUCGGCCGCACCGUGUCAUCAAUUAGAGACUUUCAUUUCCCUUGCUUCACCCAAAAUCGACGAGAAAGCAAAUGAUCUUCAAAAACUGAGUUUAAAGAUCUGGGAGCGACCCGAGUUAGGAUACGAAGAGCAUUUUGCACACAGUAUUCUCAGCGACUUUUUCGAGGAGCAAGGAUUUGAAGUCACAAGGGAAUACAAUUUGCCAACAGCUUUUCGUGCGGUGUUUGGGGGAGAGAAGGCGGAACCUACAGUAGCUGUGCUCUGUGAAUACGAUGCAUUACCUGGGAUUGGUCAUGGAUGCGGUCAUAACUUGAUAGCAGUGGCAGGGGUAGGAGCAGCACUGGGGAUAAAGCAAGCUAUUGAGGGAGGACUCAAUGCCAAGGUUGUUGCCAUGGGAACCCCUGCUGAGGAAGGAGGUGGUGGGAAAAUCCAGAUGAUCAACGGUGGUUGCUUUAAAGAUGUUGAUUUUUGUAUAAUGGUGCACCCAGCCCCAUUCAAUGCCUCAUUUUAUGUGAGCCAAGCCCUGGAAAAAGUGGAAGUGGUUUACAAAGGUCAUGCAGCACAUGCUGCGGCUUUCCCAUGGGAAGGGCAGAAUGCUCUUGAUGCUGCUGUAUUGGCAUACAGCUCAAUAAGCAUGUUGAGACAACAAAUGAAACCAACUUGGCGAGUUCAUGGAAUCAUAAGUGAUGGCGGAGUUAAGCCGAACAUAAUUCCCGAGCAGUCCAAGUUGGAGUAUUGGGUGCGAACUGUUAAAAACAAAGAGUGUGCAGUCCUCCGGUCCAAGGUACACAGCUGUUUUGAAGCUGCGGCGAAAGCUACAGAUUGCACAGUUGAUAUAAAGUGGGAUCCCACCCCUCAUGCACGCAUGCUAACCAAUAGCAAACUGGCACUUUUGUAUCAGAAGUAUGCAGAACAGAUGGGUGUGGUGUUCCCAUCGCGAGAAGAGCAGGAGAGUAUUGUGGAUGGUUCAACUGAUAUGGGAAAUGUAUCAAUGGCGCUCCCAGGUCUUCACGCCCUUUACUGUAUUGAUAGUUCAGUUCCUUAUCACUCGCAUGCCUUCCGAGUGGCUUCAGGCACACAGUAUGCCCAUGAUCAGACCAUUAUUGCCGCCAAAUCUCUUUGUUUUACUGCUAUCGAGGUGUUAAAGGAUGCUGCUGUACUAGCUCAAGUAAAAGAAGAAUUUUUACAAACAGUUCAAGAUGCUUAGACUUUUAGGUAAAAAAAAAAUCAGCUGCAAUGUUUUGGGUAAAAAACCUAAACUGAAUGUCAUUAGAGUAGUUACAGUACUUUUCAGGGUGUUGGACCAACAAAUAGUUGGUGUCAGUUGAAUUGAAUCAUGUUCAAAAUCAAGGUUUUGGUAUCUUCUAGGGGCUCUUUUCAAAAUGUUUUAGACAAGCACCUUGGUCAUGUUUUAAGGGAGUCUUUCCCAGGCCCUCGUCACUUCAGAACCUGUAAGUUUUGUCAUUCAUUUUACAAGAAAAUCAAAUGUUUUUAAAAACACUUUAUUUCUGUGUUAGCAUUACACGGACCACAAACAGAAAAAGCCUGUAAAGAUACUACUCAAUUAUAAACACCUUUAUUAACAUCUGGUAAAAAAAAAUCCCUUAUUUAAAUAUUAAAUAUCCCAGUGUGGGUGCAAACAAACAAAUUGUCAUGAGUGAUUCUAUCACUUUUAUAAAAAAAAAAUAUUGUUCAAUCCAGCAUACUUUAUAAUAAUUGACUGUGUAUGCAUAAUGAAAACUGGUCAGCUAUUCUCUCAUUAAAAUUUCUUGGACAUAAUAAAAAGACAAAAGACUUCUCAAAA